UGACCAUAUAAUUCGCUAGGGUUUACAAUCCCCACCAACACACACCAUCGUUUACGGUCAUCCAAAAUUUUUUACCGCCAAUUACUUCCAAUCAAAGAACCCAAGUUACCCAAUUCAUAAAAGGGAUUUGUUAAACCAAAAUAUGUUAAUGCAGUUAUUUUUUUUACAGUGCUAACCGGCAUGGCCUUGCGCUCAUUGUUACUAGGCAGCGGCAGAGUGAAAAAUUGUGCAAAUCCAACAAUUGGUGUGUGGGGUUCUGUCAAACAGAGUCUUUGGAGGAACCCAUCUUCUUCUUGUUCUUGUUCUUGUUUGCAACGUAAUGGGUCUUCUAUUUCUGGCCCAGUCGGUGAAGUAAUCAGAACUCAGGAUGAUACAGUCAGGCUUGGAGGCACAAGCAUCUAUGAGGGUGCUCAGGAGGAUGAGUGGAUUAUUUCUCUUGCUAAGUCUGCAAUCAACCAGCACAAUCAGAACCAGAAUGGGGAGCUUCAAUUUGUGAGGGUGGUGGGGGCAAGCCACACAGGAGCGUCUAGCUUAUUGUACCAUAUUACCCUGGUAGCAACUAAUGCCCGUAAGCAAAAGAUUUACCACACAGUGGUUUGGUUGCAGCUGUGGAGGAACUUGAUGGAGUUGCUUGUAUGGAAGCCAGUUAAUGACGCCUUAUCAGCUGUUGGUGUAAAGCGUGGUGAUCUGAUGUUGCACGAAGCUGUUAUGUUCUAUAUGAAUCAACAGAAAAGUGAUUUCCCCCGAAUGUGAAUAUAUGAUAACCAUUUUUGGUUAUUUUUCCGUAUAUGAUCUGAUCUUUUUCACUGAAUGGUAGAUAACUCGUCUUUUUUCCCAUACAAAACUAUGCAAUGUGUUUUCAUAUUACGUAUGUUACAUGACUCAAGAACACUGGCUUCUGGUAAGCAGAAACAAGCAUGAAUUGGUGCAAACAAAUUUGAAUCUCGCGGGGACAUUCAAAUUCUUCGGUUUGAUGGUUUUAGUGGUUCCCAAGUAGUGAAAAUCCUCAGUUGACAGUUUUCAUAUGAAGCCAAUACAAUGUCUGCACAGUCAAUUUGCUAUGUACAAUGAAGUGAAUGACCCAAGAGAAAAGAAGGAAUUUUAUUUUUAUUAUUAUUAUUUUUUCCUGGUAAACUAGGGAGACAGGGACGCAAAUACGGGCACACCCGCUCGGGGAGUUGGGCACUCUAUCAACUAGGUGAUGUCGGAAUGUGAUUUUUAUUAGUUGACAAUGUGUUUGUAUAUAAGUCCCAGCUUUUGGCCUUCUUAACCUUUGCUUUUGUACUUUUGCAUAGUUCAACCUUUUUAUGUUUGGGACUUCAA